UGCUGUUUUUUUUAUUUUUAUCACAAAUAUCUAUCCAAUAUUUGAUCAGUUUGAAACUUGAACAUUUUAUUCCUAUUGAUCUCGUUUCACUAUUUACAUUUUCACCCAAUCAAUCAAAUAAUGUUAUCAGGAAAGUGCAAUUAUUCACUUUUACUAAACUAUAUGAACGUUCAACAGUUUAACGUUUUUCAACAAACCAGAAGGCAAUCACAUUUAACCGUUAUUGCAUGCUAUCAAAAAAGUUAAUCAGUGUUACUGUAAACAAAGGAAUCUUUCUCAAUAACCCUAAUCAUCAUCAUCAUAAUCAUAUCAAUUUACCGAUUGCUCAAUAGAUUUAAUCAUCUAUCUGCCAAUUUGAUAGUUAUUAAAUAGGAGAACAGUGUCUAUCCUUGUAAUGAGUGAAUUUCCUUCAAUCCUCGAUAUAAUUUAAAUUUUUAUUCAAACAAUUUACCAACUCUCAAACCUAUCAAUUGUUCUGCAUUCUCCAAUUUUCAACGCAAAUUUAAAUUUAGCUCUUGCUUGACAUACAUUUACUCAUCUAACCAGUCUGUUGAGUCAAGUGUCUCAAGGACUCGAUAAACUAAGCUGGUUAUUGGUUAACUUGAAUUUGGAAUGUUCACCUAAAUAUUUUAAUUACAACAUUUUAAGAAAUUACACGUAUUUCGUGGGCUAAAGAACGAUUCUUGAAGAUUAUGUGAUAAAGUGACCAAUGAGGUUCCAAAAUUACAUGUAUUUCGUGGGUUAAAGAACGAUUCAAAUUUAGUACCAAAAAAUGUCCCAGUCCAGUGAGAUGUCUACACAUGCGACUUAAGGCCAAGUCAGACUCUGGUUACCACAGGCCUGUAAAAAGUCUUGAAAAGUUGAAAUGUUUCAGUCAGCUUGGAGUCAAGCUUUAGUGCACUGGUUUGCAUUAGCUCACUAACUAAUAACUGAUUAAUUAUUUUUGUUCAAAACUGAUUAACCAACUGAUAUUGGUUUAAUUUUUUUGUCUUCCCACCUGUGAAUCACGUUAACUUAAUUCUAAUGGAAGGAGCUUCCGCCACUCCGGAUAUUUCCAAUCUCAGUCAGGGUCAGUUGUAUCGACUGGCUAUUAUGACCAUGAUGAAUAGAACUGACUGUUGCAGCAUUAAAGAUGAAUUGCGGACGAUGCUUCAAUGCGACACACAUGAACUGCCAGAAGAUCUGAUUGAAUCUGCAAUGGCGGACUGGAAUAAGCUGUUUGAAACCGUUAUGGCUAACCAAAAUAAACCAAGUUAUAAGCCAAUUGGUAAACCAGCCAGAAAAAAGAGACGAAAUGAGUAACAUCCUGAUCUCGUUUUAGAUUCGUCUAACAAUUGCAUGUUAUGUGACAAACCUUUGAUUACUUGGAGAUUCAAAUUACUCUUUGUCUUUUUUAUUUUCAUAUCAAAUUACAUAUAAUUAAAUUAAAAUGUAAAGGAUGCAGCUCUUUCAAUUACUUUUACAUUUCGGUGUUAGACACAUCAGACUUUUACUAGUUUACAAAUAUAUUUUAAAAUGUUGAUCAACCAAACUCCAUUGGUAUUUUCAAUUUUAUUGCCAUCAAUAUUCCCUGUUCUAACAAUUGUUUAUACGGAAAUCAAACCAGGACAAUAUCCUUAUCUUAUGUUUUUUGAUGCAAGCAUAGUAUUGUCAGGAGUUAACGUCACUGGUGUUGGUGUUUUAGUCUCCGAUAGAACUAUUGUGACUGAUGCGAUAACUGGUAUGGCAGUAAAAGCAAAGCCAACCUUUGCUUAUUCUGGAUACAGUGGUAAAUCAAACAACACAAAUCUAUCGUUGAGGUAUUCCAUUCAGGACGUGGUAGGUAGUGAUAAUAAUCCGGCCUAUGACCUCGAAAGAAGACCUUAUGUACUUAAUAAUAGUUUCACAGUAGUGAUUCUUAAAGAUGCUGUAAAAUUUGAAGAUGGAUUGCAUCCAAUCAUAAUUCCUUAUUAUACAAGUGCCGAUGAAACUGAACUCGUCCAUAUAGGUUUAUCAAUGGCUACUGGAAAUUUGUAUCAUACCAAGAUUCAAAUGAAAAAAUGGGGAGUCUGCAUAAGAAAUUACGAAAGUGUUAACCAUCUUGCACCCCCACGAUAUUUCUUUCCGCCCUCAGGAAGAACAAUGGUUUGCACAUCUGUCAUGCCCACCGUCGAGAAAUCAAUGCCCCCCGAUUCCAUAGUUCAAGGUCCGUUUAUUAUAAAAGGUCUAACACCUAAAGACGACCGCCUUGUUGGUAUUCACUCGUUUUUUUACUAUUUAAGGAAUCAGACUCGCAUAGCAGUUGGACCAGAUUUAGUGCUACUCAGAGAGGAUAUUAUAUUCAUUUCUAAGGGAACGUUAAGCUUUACGUAAAUUUAAAUUGCGUUUCUCAAUUUCAGAUUUGGUGGCGACUACAAAAAAUCGCAUUUCAAGGUGUAAAAAAUGUUUGGAUACAUUUAAAGUUAAUUCAUUUAUUAAAAUAAUCACAAUAUUUA